CCAGACCCGCCCCGGUCCGACCCCCAGUUUCCCAGGCACUGGGGUUACCGAAGCCGGUAUCCCUGGGCUGCGGUUGGGGCCGGGGCCGGGGCCGGGGCCGGGAGCGCCUCGGAGCGCACAGCUGCGCUGUUCUGGAAGCCCACGUCCGGGACGCAGGAUUAACGGGACCUGGCUUUUCUGGGCUAUCCAAAGACGUGUUCUCCCGGGAAAGAGCCACUGUUGACUGUGGGAUUUGGGAGAAGCUUGGAGUCCUCCUGGACACCUCGCUGGACGCUCUCCAUUUGCGCCCGGCUGGCGCGGGAGGGUCCUGAGCAACGCGCUUGCCUUUCCUCUUCAGCUUAGGCGCGGAAAGCCGGGAGCUCUUUCCAGGGGAACGGGACCUCCUCAUUUGGUACUCCGUGGAACCCUAGCAUCUCUCCUCUUGUUGGUCUCCAGGGCCUCUCUAGUUGGCACUAAUCUGCAGGUGUUCUCUACCGAUUUGGUUUCUUCUUCGAUUUGGGGACACUUGUCACCAAGGACUCUCACGGCACCUUUCCCUGUCUCCGCGGGUGGGCUGGGUCUUAGGUCUCCAGAGCCUGCGGGAAUUCUAUCCCUGUUCGCUGACCCUAAAGCCUCUCUCCGCUAGCGGUGCCAACCCUUAGCCACUGGCCUCCAGGGGAGUGUGCAGACGGGACUCUGUUCUUCCUCCGUUUGAGAGAGUGUGGCCCUCUGGGGGCAUUCGUCUUUUAGGGCUUCUUUGUGUUUGGGAGAUUGGGGUCCUUUGGCCAUGGCCUUCACUUUCGCCGCUUUCUGCUACAUGCUGUCCCUGGUGCUCUGCGCUGCGCUCAUCUUCUUCGCCAUCUGGCACAUCAUUGCCUUUGAUGAGUUAAGGACGGACUUUAAAAGCCCCAUCGAUCAGUGCAACCCUGUUCAUGCGAGGGAACGGCUGAGGAACAUCGAGCGCAUCUGCUUCCUUCUGCGAAAGCUGGUGCUGCCAGAGUACUCCAUCCACAGCCUCUUCUGCAUCAUGUUCCUGUGUGCCCAGGAGUGGCUUACCCUGGGGCUGAAUGUCCCUCUACUGUUCUAUCACUUCUGGAGGUAUUUCCACUGUCCGGCAGAUAGUUCAGAGCUGGCCUACGACCCGCCAGUGGUCAUGAAUGCAGACACCUUGAGCUACUGUCAGAAGGAGGCCUGGUGUAAGCUGGCCUUCUACCUCCUCUCGUUCUUCUACUACCUUUACUGCAUGAUCUACACUUUAGUGAGCUCUUAACCUAAAGGCCACGCACAUCAUCAGAGACUGAGAUGGGAGAGGUCAAGGCUGAGAAGUCCACUUCUGCUGGUGACUGGAGGAGAAACCAGAGUGGGGACACGUGAGAAAGAGACCCAGCAGGCAGUGAUUGAACAGGAAGGAACUGAAACCACACAGCGGUGGGGGCCUGAGCUAACUGUGCGUGUCUGUCAUUGUCCUGGGUGUCUCCGUCUUUGGCGUUCAAAUCCCCGGCCCAGGUUGAGCAGCAGGGCACCUGGAAAUAGGUGAUGAAAAACUAAACUUCUCCUGAGAGAUGGUGGCUGCUUCCUGAAUCUACUUCAUCGAAUGGCAGCUUGCAAGUUCACAUGGAGUUCCCGGAUGGUGGGAAUGAGGCCAGAAGGCUGCAGGCUGCCUGCUAAGGAACAAAGUGACCCAGAGUCAAGGCUGAGUCUACGAGGACAGGGGAACGAUCGGAAGUCUCCAGGAUGUCCUGGCCAUGCCCAAGACUCUUGUUGUACAUCUUCUCAAUUGUUGCCACACCUCAAUGGCAGGGGCUGGAAGUCUGCAGGGUUGGCCUUGGCCAGUAACCAGCCAUGAGCCUGCCGACAUGCCAUUUUCAUACCACGCUUAGUGAGAGUCUGAGCAGUAACUUUAUGAAUGGGGCUUGGGGCAGUCUAUUGGCAAUAAGUUAUGUCCAGGGUCACAGGUUGAGCUAUGGAGGGGGAAUACGGGAGAAGUGGAUUUUUAAAACAUUUGUCACACGUUCAAGGUGUUAGUCCUUCACCAUCCCAAGGUGGAUUCUUCCGCUGCCACCAAAAACCAUUGGAAUCAUUUAAUGCGAAUCAAUUGGUCAACACUAGUUAAAGCUACCUUUUUGUAAAAAAAAAAAAAAAAAAAAUCCCAAAGCAAUUCCAAGCCCAGAAAAUUCUGUCAAGUGGCUGCUCUGUACCGUGGGCAUCCGGCAGCCAGGAAGUGAGACAACAUAAUUAUAACUUAAUUUUAUGAUGCUGCAUCAUUUGUACUGUUUAGUUCAACGUGAGGACAUCAGCUUAUUUAGAAUUUUCCACUUGGCUUUCUCUCCAUUUUUUUUUCCUGGUGGGAGGUAUGCGGGGGUUGUAAAUAAUGACAAGGCUGAGAUUUUUAUGAUGUUUAAAUUGGGCACAAUGAUUUUGACCCUCUUCCCCAAAUUUCCUUGCUUUUCUACUGUUUAACAUACACAGGCUAUUUAUACUUGUACCCAGCUCCCGUCUGAAACCUGUGAGUCAGGUUUAUGAAUGGUGUUUGUGUAAUGCGUUGUGUGCUAUGUUUAAAAUGCAGCGACAACUUGGGUGUCUCA